UCGAGCCGCUGUGGAUGCCCGCCACCUGGAACGACGAACAGAUGUGCAGGCUUCGGAACUCCGGCAUGGUCGGCCUCAUCACGGUGACCGGUUGCGGGCGGGCAGCCUUCCUGGGCGAGAGGGCCAAGCAAAUGCAUCUGCCGCACCUGGCACUCGUGAGGCAGAACUGCGAGCACUUAGAGACCGGAUUUCCCGGUGACUUCUUCAGCGACAGAGACUCGAUGAUUGCGUCCUACGUCGAAGCCAGAGAUGUCGACGUGGUCAUCAGCAAAACCGAAGAUGAGGGAUUCACCGACAUUCUGGUACUCUACGACGAAAAAUUUGCCCUGUACGGAAUGGAGCUCCUGAUGAGGCGGGUGCAGCGGUCCAACGUGACCUUCUCCUACCUGCGCCUGAGCCCCGACCGUAAGCUGGUCAAGAGGGGAAUCGAGACCAUCUUUCGCAGUCAAGCGGAGAGGAACUCCCUGUACUCCGGAUUCGGGGUCCUCGUGUUCAGCAACUACACCCUCGCCGAGCAACUCGAAGCAGACUUGGUCAUCGAGAACAACAUGGAUCCCAACAUUAUACUGCUCGUCUUCUACAAUGGCUGGGACUUAGGCUUGAACAGCUGGUACUACACCCGUGUCACAAGCUACCCGUACGAGAAACUCAUCCACGUCAUCUUGAGAAGCUUUCCCAGAAAUGUCAGAAAUCGCAUGAAGAGAGUUUCUUAUGCGCUGGACGGCAAGUACCACGUGUACACCUAUCCCGAAAUGUACGCUGCCAACUUCGUAGCGGGAAUCAUGGAGCAUUUAUUGCUAAAAACACCGAAUCUUUCCAACGGAUCUCGGUGUGACUCGUCCCAAGACAUGUUUUAUGAAGUAUACCGGAAAGACCUCAAGGUCCUCAUGGAGAGUUGGGGAUUCCGUAGAGACGAAGCCAACUACACGAUGCUCCUACUGUCUCCCGUCGAGGCCAACACGACCAAAAUGAAACACAUCCAGGAUUGGACGAUAACCAACGGAACCAUCAAAACAGUAGUCCUGAGAGACAGGGUGUCCGCCUUCCUUCAAAACCGUACCAUCAAACUUGCUUCACUCGAGUACCCACCGUUUAUCGUGCUGAACAGAACAAGCACGGGAGAGAGAAAAACAGACGGCACGUUUCUGAGACUGAUGGCCUACUUGGGAAGUAUCUACGGCUUCAGGGUUGAGUACUUGUUGCUCGAGAACACCACGUCGAUGGGUACGCUGCUUGGCGACUACAACUGGACCGGUUGUCUUGGCAUGCUGAAUCAUAGAGAGAUCGACUGGGUUGCCUUCUUGGACAUAACGGAAGUUCGCAAACGCUCUUUUUCCCUCACCGACGGCUUCAUGAGCAACACGGUGGGCAUGAUGGUGCAAGCUCCCAGAAUAGAGACUCGUAAACUUCUAUUCCUCAAGCCAUUCGAGAAUGAGGUAUGGCUGACCAUCUUGAUCAGUCUUCCCACCAUGAGCGUCGUGCUGUGGAUCAUCGCCAGGACCAGUCCGGCACACGCCCAGCUAGGUCCGGACACUCGCCCCGCCGGGUUGGUCAAGUUCUUCAACUGCGUCUGGUAUCUCUACGGGGCCCUCUUGCAGCAAGGAGGGGUGCAUCUGCCAGCUGCCUCGUCGGCACGGAUCAUCCUCGGCUUCUGGUGGCUCUACGUGCUCGUGGUCAUGGCGUACUACAGCAGCAACCUCAUCGCGUUCCUCACCGUCCCCGAAAUCCACUGGAUCGUCAGUUCCUUCAAGAACGCCGUCGAUCGGGAGGACCUGUACAUCUACGUACCCUAUGGCACGGGCUUGCACCAGGAGAUUGACAACUCCACGAACUUAGUCUUCAGGAAGCUGAAAAACAGACUACAACAUGGUCGUAGGGCGAGCCUAAUUCAUGAUCCGAGAGAGAUCGUGGAUCAAGUUGCUGAAGGAGAGGCCAUCCUCCUAGAUGACAUGAGGAUUUUGAAAGAGCUCAUCGAGAAGGACUACGAGCAGGGUGGCUCCAAACAUUGUAGGCUCUCCUGCAUGCCAGAAAAUAUCAUGCAUAUAUUAGUCAGUAUAGGCACCAGAAAAGGAAGCCCCUUCAUAAAUGCAUUAAACAAAAACAUCUUCAGACUGAAAAGCACGGGAAUGCUGGACCUACUGCUGAAGAACCACACGGAGCACCAACACCCGUGCAUCCGAGACUACAGCACGCACGCCCACGGCACCUCCCGCCCCAUCGGAGUCCGCGAGCUCGAAGGAGUGUUCCUGCUUUUGCUCUUUGGCACUGCCAUUUCCCUCAUCACCGUGCCUGUAGAACUCAUGGUUGGCCUCGGAAGGCAGCGCGUUAAGGUGCAGGAGAUAUUUCAACCUGCCAGCAAGAAAGAGCGCAAGACGCCGGCCACCAUCGACUUGCACCGGGGCUGGAAGCAGACGCAGCUCAAGGACUCCUGGACCACCGUGGGUCCUGGAGGACGCUUUAUGACCGACCGGUACCCGGAUUUCGGGCGGUUUGGUAGGAGGCCAAUUUACGUGAAGGAGGUGCCUCCGUUCCCGCAUUACCGGGUCAACUGGAGAGACGCCGGGGACAGCAGGAAGCUCCAUGGUCAUGUCGUUGUGAUUGGAAACCGGCCUUGA